AUCUCAGUGGAGCAAGUGAGCCAGUUACAUUGCCGCGCGAGAAAACUGUGCGUGCUGAUGGUCGCCGCGGUCCGCGAUCACCCGGCGCUCGCCAAGCCGCCGAGGCCGCACGCGUCGCCGCCGCCGGGGCUCGCGAUGCUGGAGGGGGACGAGAGGCUGUCUGACAUCGAGACGGCUUCCUCGACGGGGGCGCCCAACUCGAGCCUCAGCUCGGCCAGCAGCGCCGGCAGCCUCCCGCGGUGCUCCAGCCUUUCCCGCCUCUCCUUCGACUGCUGCCCCUCCGCGGCCCUGGCGGCGCCUUCCUCGUGUUCGCCGCCGCGGACGCGGGCGGCAUUACGGCCGCACCGUUCGGGGGACGUGGCGUGGGCGGCCAUCCGCGCGGCGUCAACGUCCUCCGCGGCGCCCCUCGGGCCGCGGGACUUCAAGCUGGUACGUCGCAUCGGCGGCGGCGACAUAGGGACGGUGUACCUGUGCCGCCUCCGGGCCUCGUCCGCCGCGGCGGCGACAGAAAGGGAAAGGGAAAGCCCGUGCCUUUACGCGAUGAAGGUGGUGGACCGACGCGCGGUGGCCAAGAAGCAGAAACUGGAGCGCGCAGCGGCUGAGAAGCGCAUCCUGCGGGUGCUGGACCACCCCUUCCUCCCCACGCUCUUCGCCGACUUCGACGCCGCGCCGCACUUCUCCUGCGUCGUCAUGGAGUUCUGCUCCGGCGGCGACCUCCACUCCCUCCGCCACCGCAUGCCCUCCCGUCGCUUCCCCCUACCCUCCGCUCGGUUCUACGCGGCGGAGGUGUUGCUGGCGCUGGAGUACCUGCACAUGUUGGGCGUAGUCUACCGCGACCUGAAGCCGGAGAACGUGCUAAUCAGGGCGGACGGCCACAUCAUGCUCACAGACUUCGACCUCUCGCUCGAGUCCACCGCCUCGCCGUCGCUCGAGGACGAUGCCGUUGGGUACGCGGACGAGGGCGAGCCGGAGGCGGUGAACGUGUCGUGCUUCCCGGACCGCCUCCUUGGGUUUAAGCGGCGGAGGCGUCGCAACACCACGGCGCCGGCGGCGCAGCCGCGGUUCGUGGCGGAGCCCGUGGACGCGCGGUCGUGCUCGUUCGUGGGGACGCACGAGUACGUGGCGCCCGAGGUCGCAAGCGGCGGCCCCCACGGCGCCGCCGUGGACUGGUGGGCCUACGGCGUGUUCCUCUACGAGCUCCUCCACGGGCGCACCCCGUUCGCGGGCGCCGACAAUGAGUCCACGCUCCGCAACAUCGUGCGCCGACCGCUCGCCUUCCCCCCGGGCUCGGGGUCCUGCGGCCCUGCCGACGCCGCGGCGCGCGACCUCAUCGCCCGCCUCCUCUCCAAGGACCCCGCCGCGCGCCUGGGGUCACGCCGCGGCGCCGCCGACGUCAAGUCCCACCCUUUCUUCAAGGGCCUCAACUUCGCGCUUCUCCGCUCCUCCCGUCCGCCCGUCGUGCCCGGGUCCUCGCCGCCCCUGCACCGGUCGCAGUCCUGCAAUGCCGCGCCGGCGACCCCGAAGAAGCCGGACUCCCGCUUCGACCUCUUCUGACCGUUGCCGUCGCCAAGCCGGCGACGUCAUGCAUGCAUUGACCUAGCAUCGCCAUUGUACACAAUGUUUACUACGUACUAGAGCUAGUUAAUUAGUGACCCGAGUGUCAUUACUAGUCUAAUCCAACCCACUAAUCACGUGACACCAGCAGCUAAACACCCGGCUUAAUCACGGGGGAGCAGCGGUCACAUGGGUGUUGGGCUUGUCCGGUUACAGGCUUGGCUUGGGUUGGCGAUUACA